AUGGCGGCGUCACUUCCGCCUCAGCAACAGCAGCAAACGCUGGAAUCCUUCCCCUCCUGGGCUGACGCUGCCAGCUGCAACCUGGAGCAGCCCACUGAACUGCUCUCAGGGAAGACCCACACCCGGCUCUGCCGUUCCAGCGGCUGUGGGGAGACAGGAGCUGAGAGGAUGGACUCGUUUGCACUGUCCUGGGAAGAGGCGGAGAGGGCGCAUCUGACAUCUGCUGUCCGCCAGGCGCUCGGGUUUAGCGCUCUGCGCCUUCAUACCUCACAGACCUAUCACCAUGGGAACAGAGCCAGCCAAUCAGAACACUCAGUUUUAAGAGGGCAGCCAUAUAAAUGGCAUCCCCUGUCCCUGGAAACGCCACAAUCACCAGAGGCCUCUCAGGGCUGCCUCCUCCUGGAUAAGCCAAUCCCACUGCCCCCCCUUUCCCCCAAGGCAGAAGAAGGGGGGUCUUCUGCCUGUGAUCCUCAGGGGACAGAGCCAAGCCCAUGCUCACCCAGCUCGGAUAUCCAACCACCCAGACAGGCAAGCUAUGCGGCAGCCCUUCGGGAGUCCCUGAGAGCUUACAGUAGCCCCCUAGCCAAGACCCGCAGCAAGCAGAGCCUGGUUCAUAGCAUGCUCUACCCCAGACGGAAGGACCAAAGUAGCGCCAGCCUGGUGAGCAGCGGGUACGCGGGGGAUGAGGAAAACAGCAGCGUCAGCAUUGUGCGUAGCCAGCGCAUCCCGCGGUUGACCAGAAAGCUCAACACCCGAGUGGGCAGUGCUUGGAGCAGCCAGCUGAGCACUGUGUACUCUCCCAGACCCCUGAAGAGCUCCCUGCGCAGGCAAAGCCAAGGUCAAGGGCCUGGCACCAAGCAGACUGGAGGAGAAGCGUGAAACCAGCCUGCCAGGCAGCAGUAACAGCAGCCUGAGCAGCAUCAGCUUCAUCAGCCCGGGCAGCAGCUUCCUGACUUACCAGGUAAGCAGCAGCGGGCUGCUCAGUAUCUCAGGCAGCCAGGCCUCCAGCCAGACCAGCCGCAGCCAGAGCCUGUGUGCCAACAGCAAGGGGCAAAGCACACUGAACAGCAGUACUGAUCUUCAAGAGGACAAGACUGAGGGCAACAUGAAAACCAGCAACGAGGUGCCCCAGGGCCAGCAGCCUGCCCAGACGCACGUGCCUUUGUAAGACUCCAGCCCCAAGAUCCCCUCUAACUGCCACAGACACGAAGGCCCUGCAAAUCCAGGCUCCCCCCAAAGAGGCUGCACCCCUUCAAGGCAAAGUCCUAGCUGUCUGCAGCAGCCAUCAGCGGGCAGGUCGCAUGCCGCAGGACAAUAAUGCUGAGCACCAUCUACGCCGAGGGGCAGUGGUCAAUGGGGAGGCGACCUCUACCAAGAAGGGCUUCCAGUUGCAAGAGCUGCAGCAAGAUCCAUCCAUGCUGGGACCACCGGUGUCAAGACCACCAGCAGUAGCAACAUCCAGUCCUGUGAGCCUCAGGGACAGAGCCGUCCCCAUCUGGAGCGAGCACCAGAGUGGCAGAACCAACGGCACCAAACUCGUCAGUUGUGCCAGUUGCAAGCUGUACUAAGAACCAUCAGAAGGUAGAGUUUCUGCCGCGAAAACCUCCUCAGUGGUGAGCGCCACUGACAACCAACAUCAACCAUGGGGAACUCAAGAGAAACGAGAACCAACCCUUGCACGAGUGUCUGUGUCCAGUGCCAUCUUGAGGGAGGAGCCGGCAUGGGGGGCCACGUCCCUGGAGAACUCAGUGGCCCCCAACUGUGUAUCACACACUGUCCACAGACAGCACAGCUCACAGAGCACCCCUAUGGCUCCCAGCAGCCCCCAGGAGCAGAGACCACAGCGACCGUCCUUGGAAUCAGCUGUGAGUGCCAGCAGCCCAGAAACAUCAGUGCCUAGAGAACGCUGUGGGCUGUGUCAAGGGACCCCAUCCCUGAAGAGUAUCAUCUAUGGAAGCUUCUCCUUCCUUGCUUGCGCACUGCUCUGGGAACCCUCCCUGAGAGUAAAGGCUCCCUGACACCCCAUUCGUGUCUCUUCGUGGAGAGACACAGGGACAAGAGGAGCCAGGAGCUGUCCUUCAUUCACUUGAUUGGACCUGUGCUUCCUGUGGCCGACAAGGCCACGAGAUGCUUAGUGGUGAGAGACCAGCCCAGCCAAGACUGGCGAGGCAGUGCUCUGGGCCACGGAGUGAAAGUCACCUAAGUGGGUGGUGGAAAGGCUGAAGUCUCAGCUCCGCCCCUGCUCAGGACCAAAAGCCCCUCCCUGAGCUGACCUCACAGACGUUGGGGAGCGAGAGGAUCCACAGGGGAAGAGGCCAAGACAGCCUUGGAGACACCCACUGGGUACCAGAAGGAAUGCUGAGGGGGCACCAAAAACAAUAAAAGGUGUCUGGAGAGGUCA